AUGAGUCAAUAUCGGCUGGCUGGGACGGAGAGUCAGACAGCAUCUCCCGAGACCCAGCCUCAAGCUGCCGCCGCAACCAAGCCUCAAGCUGCCGCCGAGACGGAGCCUCAAGCUACCGCCGGGAUAAAACCUCAAGCUGUCACUCAAACCGGAGUGUCUUAUGAGAAGCUGCCUGAAGACAUGCCCGACGACAGGUUACUUGAUCAAGCUUUACCUACCGAGAAGCCCGCAGAAACCGUAUCAGAUCAGAAGAACCAAGCCGUAACUGAUCACCAGAUACCUCAACCGGAAGCCCCACAGGCACAGCAUUUUCCCUUUACUUACCAAGAUCAAAGAUGUUCUAUCACAAAUUUACUACAAAAAUUGGAUUGUUACCUGGAACACUUUGUUCUAUCAAGCUACUCAUAA